AGGAAAGAGCAGUUGCGCGACCAUCGCAUUAUUGAGUUCACGAAACACCUGACACGGUAUUCAGGGUCGUACGACUUGCAGCACAGCACAGCACAGACGCUGGUCAACGCUUCAAUAAUCUUUUCUCACACCUUUUCCCAGCUCCUCUCCUCUCCAUCCGCUCCCCAGCGAGCACACCUUUCGCAUCGCAGGUCACGUUACUGGCGGCCUCAAUGGACGCGCUGCUUCGCGUCAUGCCGGACGCAAAAAUCAUUGCGACGGUGAGCUGUCUCGCAAUCGCGUACAUCGCAUACCUGCUUCUCCGCCCAGAUCCUGAAGCUGCGGUGGGAUUUUCUGUGCCGGCACCUUUGCCCUGCACGCCGGGAUGGAAGGGCAACGUGCUGGCUGAGCCGUCCAUCAAGGUGCCUGGCUCUACUGCUAUACAAGCCUACUGUCCUGCCACUGGAGAGUAUUUGGGCCUUGUUAAUCCCUCAACUCCGGAUCGAAUUGAUCGAAUCAUCUCACGCGCGGCCGAUGCUCAGAAGUCAUGGAGUCAAACCACUUUUGCUCAACGCAGACAAGUCUUGAAGACUCUCCUCAAGUUCAUACUCGAUAACCAGGAGCCUAUCAUUCGCGCUGCUUGUCUGGACAGUGGAAAGACGCGUGUUGAUGCCCUUUUCGGCGAAGUUCUGGUCACUGCAGAACGGCUCAAAUGGACUAUCGACCAUGGAGAGAAAGCUCUUCUUCCAGACACGCGACCUACGAACCUUUUGAUGCUCUACAAGCGCAAUGAGGUCCGCUAUGAACCAUUGGGCGUCGUGGCCGCAUGUGUGAGCUGGAACUACCCUCUGCAUAAUUUGAUGGGACCUGUCAUCUCUGCCUUGUUCUCUGGCAACGCAAUCGUUGUAAAGAACAGCGAGCAGACUGCUUGGUCGUCCGUAUACUUUGUCGACAUUGCUCGUGCCGCUCUCCACGCUUGCGGUUUCGAUCCAAAUUUAGUCAACGCGAUCUCGUGCUGGCCACAGGCGGCCGCGUAUCUUACAUCGCAUCCAGGCAUAAGCCAUCUCACAUUCAUUGGAAGCAGGCCGGUCGCACACGAGAUUGCAAAGAGUGCGUCUAAGGUCCUCACGCCGCUGUGCAUCGAGUUAGGUGGAAAGGACGCUGCCAUCGUCCUCGAUCAUCCGAAUGGCGACGGACUUGCCGCAGGAGAAAUGGAGAGGAUCGCAAGCAUCAUCAUGAGGGGUGUCUUCCAAUCAGCUGGCCAAAAUUGUAUUGGUAUUGAGCGUGUCGUCGCCAUGCCCACAGCGUACAGGACACUCGUCAAAAUGCUCGAGCCCCGAAUCAAAGCACUGCGGCUGGGGAGUGAUCUUGACCCUGACAGAUCUCCUUCGGAUGCUGUCGAUGUUGGGGCCUUGAUCUCUCCCGCGUCUUUCGAACGCCUCGAGCGUCUGGUGGCGGAAGCACGGGCGCAAGGAGCAAGCUUACUGGCCGGCGGGCAUCGACACCUUCACGAUCGUCAUCCACAUGGGCACUACUUCGCGCCUACGUUACUGGUCGACGUAACACCAGAAAUGAGGAUCGCGCAGGAGGAGCUGUUUGCCCCCAUAUGCGUUCUGAUGCUCGCAGGGGAUGUCAAGGACGUUGUCCGUAUUACGAACAGUACUGAAUAUGGCCUGGGGUGUUCAAUCUUCGGGCCUACUUCGACUUCAGGAGCACGCGGCAACUUAGCGCACGUGCUGAGUUCAGUCAGAUGUGGCAUGGCGGCGGUGAAUGAUUUUGCGGCAUACUACAUGGUCCAACUGCCGUUCGGCGGUGUGAAACAAUCUGGUUAUGGACGCUUUGCAGGAUCCGAAGGCCUACGGUCUCUUUGCAAUGCCAAAUCGGUCUGCGUGGAUAGGUUUCCAGCACUGAUCAAGACGGCCAUUCCGGCCAGUCUAGAUUAUCCCAUGAAGCCUAAUGCGUGGCAUGUUGCACGCGGAGUGGUCGAGGUGGGAUACGGGGAGAGCAUUCGUCGCCAAGUGGAGGGUAUCCGGAAGCUCGCAGGAUUCUAAUAAGCGGGUGAUCUCAUGCUGUAACAAGUCA